UUCUGUGCAGUCUCAUCAAUGAAGAUUACUUCCUUCUUCACCAAGGCUUUCCACAGCUUCCCUUCAUGCUCCAAGCUUGUGCUUCUAUGCGCUCUCAGUGGUGGAGGUGUGGUGUCAUACUCAGAAUUACAAUCAGAUACUGAACCUCCUAGUAUUGAUCCUUAUGAGCCCAAGAAAAAGAAAAUGGUGGUUCUUGGAACAGGAUGGGCUGGUAUCAGUUUUCUAAAGGAUCUGGAUGCUUCCCUAUAUGAUGUUCAGGUUGUUUCUCCUCGUAACUACUUUGCAUUCACUCCCUUAUUACCCAGUGUCACUUGUGGGACUGUUGAAGCACGGAGCAUUGUAGAGCCAGUCCGAAACAUCAUAAAAAAGAGAAAAGGAGAAAUUAAAUUUUGGGAGGCAGAAUGCCUGAAGAUUGAUUAUGCAAACAAAAAGGUUUUAUGUAGGUCCAAUAUUGACAACAACUUAGUGGGAAGUGGCGAAUUUUCUUUGGACUAUGACUUCUUGGUUGUAGCAAUUGGAGCACAAGUAAAUACUUUUAACACCCCUGGUGUCACGGAGAAUUGUCAUUUUCUGAAGGAGGUAGAGGAUGCUCAGAAGAUCAGAAUGUCUGUGAUAGAUUGCUUUGAGAAAGCUGUUCUUCCAUCUCUAUCUGAAGAAGAACGACGGACCAACCUGCAUUUUAUAGUUGUGGGAGGAGGUCCAACUGGUGUGGAAUUUGCUGCUGAGCUUCAUGACUAUGUCCAAGAAGAUUUAGUCAAAUUGUACCCAUCUGUCAAAGAUAUGGUGAAGAUAACAGUGAUUCAAUCGGGAGAUCACAUCUUGAACACAUUUGAUGAAAGAAUUAGUUCAUUUGCCGAGCAAAAGUUUGGAAGAGAUGGUAUAGAAGUUCAAACAGGAUGUCGAGUUGUCAAUGUUAGUGACAAGGAAAUCACAGUAAAGGUGAAAUCAACGGGAGAGUUUUGCUCUGUACCCCAUGGAUUGGUUGUCUGGUCCACUGGAAUUGCAACUCGUCCAGUUGUGAGGGACUUCAUGGAACAAAUCGGUCAGGCUAAAAGGCAUGUCCUAGCAACAGAUGAAUGGUUGCGAGUGAAGGGAUGUAAAUCUGUGUAUGCUAUUGGUGAUUGUUCUUCAAUAAAUCAACGUAAAAUCAUGGAUGAUAUCUCGGCCAUUUUUGAAGCUGCAGACAAAGACAACUCUGGUACCUUAACUGUUGAAGAAUUCGAGGAUGUGAUGGAUGACAUCAUCUUAACAUAUCCACAAGUCGAACUCUAUAUAAAGAGCCAACAUCUGCUUGAUUUGACAGUUCUGUGGAAAGAUUCCCAAGGAAAUGAUAGAAAAGAAAUAGACAUAGAAGGGCUUAAGCUGGCCCUUUGUCAAGUGGAUUCACAGAUGAAGAGUCUUCCAGCAACUGCACAGGUUGCUUCCCAACAGGGUGCAUAUCUGGCUAGAUGCUUUAAUCGCAUGGAUCAAUGUGCAGAGCAUCCUGAAGGUCCUCAACGAUUUGGAGGAUCUGGACAUCAUAAGUUUCGUCCUUUCCGGUAUAAGCAUUUUGGGCAAUUUGCUCCCCUGGGUGGGGAGCAGGCAGCCGCAGAACUUCCUGGAGACUGGGUUUCUAUGGGUCAGAGCACUCAAUGGCUUUGGUAUUCUGUAUAUGCAAGCAAGCAAGUGAGCUGGCGCACAAGGGUGUUGGUCAUAUCAGAUUGGACAAGAAGAUUCAUAUUUGGGAGAGAUUCUAGUCGUAUUUAAGUCCACAAAAUUAAACUACAAUUGAAUUAUUUUGAGGUGCACCUUUUCUCUGGUAUUUCU